AUGGACCUCAACAUUUACCCCCAACAAGCGAUCAACAAGACAAUGGACAUCUCAGACUCUUAUCCAGAAUACAGACAAACUUCGCGGCUCGACGAGAUUCGGGCGACCGAAUACAGUUACCUUGACGAACAAGACCAUCUUUACCUUGACUUCACUGGCGCCGGCCUCGCCGCAAAGUCCCAGUUUCGAGCUCACCAAGCCCGACUAGAGAAGAACCUCUUUGGCAACCCUCACUCAACGAAUCCGACAAGUCAGUCCGCAACACAUCUAAUCGACGACGCAAGAGCUCGAGUUCUGGAGUACUUGAACGCCUCACCGAAAGAAUAUACUGCCAUCUUCACGCCGAAUGCUACUGGUGCCGCGCGGCUUGUCGCAGAAGCCUACCCAUUUAAGCGACAUACAAAGUUGGUGUUGACGUCCGACAACCAUAAUUCUAUCAACGGCAUCAGAGAGUUCGCCAAAAGGAACCAUGCGCGAACGGUAUACGUCCCGGUCAGAGCGCCAGAGCUUCGGGUUGACCCGUCAGACCUGAUGUCGGCUUUAAGCCGCAAGGGAGGCUUGUUUCAAUAUGGUUCGGCAGCCACGCGGCGCAGUGGUUUGUUUGCAUACCCAGCACAAAGCAACUUCAGUGGCGUUCGUCACCCACUCUCCUGGAUCGACGUCGCACAGAAGCAGGGAUACGACGUGCUUUUAGAUGCCGCAGCCUACCUCCCAACAUCGAGGCUCGACCUGUCAGCCACUGGCGUCAAACCCGAGUUUGUAACCGUGAGCUGGUACAAACUGUUUGGGUACCCCACGGGAGUUGGAUGCCUCAUAGUUCGGCGGGAUGCUUUGGCACGCCUGGCUACUUCCCGGCCAUGGUUCUCGGGUGGAACGAUAACGGCUGCCACUGUUGGCGUACCUUGGCAUGCAAUGGCACCCGACGAGGCAGCAUUCGAGGAUGGAACUGUAAACUUUUUGUCGAUUCCAGACGUCCAAGUUGGCCUCGAUUUGUUGGAUGAUGUGGGCAUGCAUUUUAUCGAAACAAGGGUUAGAUGUCUAACUGCAUGGUGCCUCGACGGCUUACGAAACCUUGAGCACAGCGACGGGUUCCCCAUGGUAAGGAUAUACGGUCCAACAACCAUGGAAUCUAGAGGAGGUACAAUAUGCUUCAACUUCAUCGAUGCUUCUGGAAAAGUGGUAGAUGAAAGGCUUGUGGCGAAGGAGUCAGCAGCAGAAAAGAUUUCCUUACGGACGGGUUGUUUCUGUAACCCAGGCGCUGGUGAAAGCGCAUUUGGGUUGAAGAAGCCAGAUUUGCUCUCGCUGAGCAAGGUAAAAGGCACAUCACUAGAUACUUAUAUGCGCAUGAUAGCUCCUGUUGGGGCUGUCCGCAUUUCGUUUGGCUUCAUGUCGACGGCGGGCGAUGUCGAUAGGUUUCUCCGUUUUGCAAGGAAACAUUAUCGGGAUAGAGUGACAACCACUGAGGGGCUUCCACCACAUGAGCAUUGUUGA